CCAUACUCUGCUAUUCAGCUGCGCUGCUGGUUCGAAUCGCUUCCGAAGAAUGGGACUGCCGUCCAACCCAGCAGCCAGGGGCGCACUGUGCUGUGCUGGACUCUCAUGCGUCGUCAUCAUCGGGUGCUCCAUAGCUGUGCUUAUUAUCAACAGGCAGGAGCUCGCAAACGUUACCUACACGUGCUGGUAUAACUGGCCCUAUACAACCUGCACCGCCUACUACUGGGACUCCAAUUCCCCGAUUGGCCGCGACCCCGACCCCGACCCCGACCCCGACCCCGACCCCGACCCCGACCCCGACCCCGACCCCGACCCCGACCCCGACCCCGACCCCGACCCCGACCCCGACCCCGACCCCGACCCCGACCCCGACCCCGACCCCGACCCCGACCCCGACCCCGACCCCGACCCCGACCCCGACCCCGACCCCGACCCCGACCCCGACCCCGACCCCGACCCCGACCCCGACCCCGACCCCGACCCCGACCCCGACCCCCAUCCCGACCCCGACCGAGAUCAUCAGGGGAGGCCCCUGCAGAUCAUACUCAGACUUCAGUCGCCACUUCUACACCAGCCUCCUCUCGGGCACGCUCCAUGGAUCGCAUGGCGGUCCGCUAGUUUCAUGGCUUGUCCAGGCGGCAUGAUUGGAAACGUCAUCGCAGGAGUCUUCCAUGUCAUCUGGUGGGCCGUCGCGGGCGAUUACUUUACCAAGAAGUACAACGCCGCCCACGACGUGCCUAUGGACAACUAUCGCCACGCCGUCAUGGCCCUGUGCUGGACCGCACUGUCCUUCGCCGCCAUCCAGUUCCUGUUCGGCAUCUUCGGAGCCGUCUCGAUGCGUGGUGGAGAUCGCGGCGGCGACUAUGAGGACCGUUCUGAUGAGAAGCCCCACAAGCACAAGCACGAGCACCAGUCGCACGCGGAGAUGACUGACCAGCACCCCCCGCCGCCCAUGGCCAACCCCUACCCUGCGCCGCCGCCGCCCGCGGGCGGCUACUACCCCCCGCCGCCGCCUGCAGGCUACUCGGCUACGCAGCCCCCGAUGGCCCUCUAAGCAUGAUGCGGUGGUGACGGUGGCGGCGUUGGGGGGAGGAGACUGUGGUUGCUUGGGAAGCCCGGUCCAAUGCUAAGCCUGCUGAAUGGCGGUCGGCGAGUAGCGGGCGCUGAGGGGCUGUCCUGAGGUCGAUGUGGGGCGAGGGGCGCACGCAGUGAUGUACGUACCCAGGGUGCGGCGGGGCACGUGCUGGCGCAGGCAUCAGUGGUGAGGCACGGAAGUACGGUAUGCACGGUACGUAUCCAGAUGACAUGCCCGCGAAUAAUGUUGAUGACUCUGUUUGAAUGUGUGUGUAAGGAGAGUGCGCCUGGAUUGCUGGUGUCGGGUGACGGCCCGACAAAGUGCACCCGUGUUGCUGAAAGUAGGGCGUGCCUAGCGUUGGGAGCAUCUGCUCCGCAGGCAACACGCGCUGCGACAAACCGGUACAUUGGUUUUGUUACAGCAAGGUUCACAAUAAACUUCAGGGCCUCUGAUGGCCUAUGUGUUGCUGAUUUGCUCAUAGCCUCAUAGCACAGGAUUGCACGCGUUGAGGCACGGCAGGGGUGCACAUAGGGUGCAGCACCCGAUCACAUAGACGACCCCCAUUUACUCAAUGCCGGUUAACAUGUACUCCAGGAUGGAGGGGGCGGCCUUUGUUCGUGCAAGUUUCAGUGCGCAUGGCUCUGAGAGCUUUAUCUUGUUUGUAGUAGUAACGCCGGUGUUUCGGCACGGUUGCGGCUCGUGAAUAUGACAGUGAUUGAUGAUGUUGUUACAGGUGGAUGUGUGGUCAUCUCAGGACCUGCAACGAGACUAACCGAGCCGCAAGGGCUCCUCGCCUCUAGAACAUCAAAACGUCAUAGCAGUCCACGGAAAAAGUGGGGAAGCAACAAAGAUAGUGAUUGCAAGGCUGAUAAAUUGGGCAUCAAACGUGCCAUGGCAGCGACAGGGCGGCGGCCCCGACGGCGAGGCCGCGAGCCGGGCGGUCCCGCAAUGGCAAGCAGCCCCCCUUGCUCCCCUGCCUCCCCUGCACGCUUCCAACAGCGGUUGGAAUUCGUGUGCCUGAGCAUUGUUACGUUAGGUGUCUACUGGAUUUCCCGAUUGACGUGAUUGGAAUGAAGUCAAGCCAAUCCCGGUGUCCCGUGCGGCCGUGCCGGUGUGGCUUUCAGAACGGUGAUAGAUAGAUCUAUAGAUUGAC